AAAAAAAAAUUCUGAGAUUUGACCCUCAUCCUCAAUCGUAUGCGGGCAACGUUACUGCUGAGCGUAUACAAUCGUAAGCCAAUCAUCAGGCUUCCACGAGUCAAACACAAGUUCAUGGAGUCCGACAACUCAAGUCCAAAAGAGGCGAAAUGGACACUCAGAGAGGAUCUCCAUAAUCAACCAGACAGAGCCGAGUCCUCACAAGCCGUGGAUGGACGCAGAUCUCGCUCACCUCCUUCUGGCGACAGGCAAAGAGCGGCACAGCAAGGGAACCUUUCGAGCAGCCUGUACGACCAACGUUCACCGACUCGCGACUUGAAACGGGCUCGAAACGAGGUUCAAGGCAACGGGGCAUCCAGCCGAUCGAACAGCUUUGGCGUGAACCAAUCUGUUGAGCACACUGCUCUCAAGACGAAUCCCUCCGAAGAGACCAGUGCUCCGGCUGGUCUGGUAGAAGAGGACCCAACUUCGGAGCUCUUCACAUUCAUUGGGACCAAAGCCGAGGUGAGGAAGCGGAAAAAGUCGCAGAAAAGACCUGUACCGGAGCGUUAUUCUGCCGAAGACGUCCUCGAACAUGAUAUCAAGGAUCUGCUGGGACGUGAUUAUGUGGAGAGCCUCUUUGCAAAGGGAGAUGAGUCAGAAUGGACCCCACCAGGAUCAUUAAAUACGGGGUCCCACACCGUUCGAGUGUCUACCUUCACAGUCUCAGGUGAUGGGCUGGCAUUGUACCAGGAAGAAGGGACAGAUCGUAAAUGGGCGAUUCUGAUCCCGUUCGCUCACCCCGGGGACCUUGUCGAAUGCACAGUGUAUCGCCAUAGACGGCUUUACUCGGCCGCCAGAUUGCUAGAGACUCUCGAAUACAACGAGGAGUAUCGAGGGGGAGAAGGGGAUCGGAGAAAAUUUCCGGAGAAUGGGUGCAAAUACUUUGGCAAAUGCGGUGGAUGUCAAUUACAACCUAUACCGUAUGAGCGCCAACUCGAGCACAAGAAACGCACUGUGGAAUUGGCAUACAAACGAUAUUCCCACUUGAGUGAUGUGCCAGCGAUCAGAGACACCAUACCCAGUCAAAAACAGUGGCAAUAUCGUACCAAGAUCACGCCCCAUUUCGAUGAAGUCCCCAAACGCAUCAAGGAGCUCGUCAAGCAUUCGUCGUGGGGUCGAGUCGGAGAUCCGUCUGUGGAUCGUGUCAUGAAGGUCAUCGAAGAAGAGAAAUCUGAACUUGGGAACGAUGAAGAACUGAUAAAGGCAUCGGGGCUGAAGAUAGACUCGAGAAACGAUUGGGAAUUAAAAAUCGGCUUCAACUACGCAACUAGCUCGCGAAUACUUGAUAUCGAGGAAUGUCCUAUUGCAACACCAAUAUUGAAUGCAAAGCUCCCCGAGGAACGUAAACGAGUGAAGGACAAUAUCCUGUCCUUCCCCCGCGGAGCGACACUGCUGCUUAGAGACUCCUUGGAGCCUCCGCUGCCAUCUUCUCUAAAUCCUUUCGAUCCCUCUAUGCCAAUCACAGAUGCGCACAUCGCCGUGGUAGAUCACAAGCGACCAGUGUACGAGCAAGUUGGCGACAAGAUGUUCACGUUUCCCGCGGGAUCCUUCUUUCAAAACAACAAUUCCAUCCUCCCUUCAUUGGUAGCCUACACCAAAGAGGCCAUUUUUCCCUCUGAAGAGCCACAAGGCUUCAAGCGACCUACACAACUCGUCGAUGCCUACUGUGGCUCCGGGUUCUUUGGCGUCUCUCUCAGUGAUAGUUUCGAAAGAGUCGCUGGAGUUGAGUUGGACCUUCACGCUGUGGAAGCGGCAAAAAAGAAUGCUCAGAUCAAUGGCGUCUAUCACAAAUCGGACUGGUUGUGUGCUGCAGCUGAGGAGAUUUUCGCAAAUCUUCCCGAGGCUGGAUUCCAUGGGUCCAAAAGUUGUGUCAUCAUUGAUCCGCCGAGAAAAGGGUGUGACGAGCAAUUCCUUCGACAGUUGUACGAUUUCAAACCCAUCACGAUAGUUUACGUCUCUUGCAACGUGCAUACUCAAGCUAGGGACAUCGGAUGGUUUAUACAUCACACAAAGCAGCAUGGAGUCGAUUACAAAUUGGAAAGUAUCCGAGGUUUUGACUUGUUCCCACAGACGGCUCACGUCGAAAGCGUUGCGGUACUUCGAUUAGUGCAAUGAGCAUAUGUCUCUAUCCUGUGGUCAAUGCACUGGUCGCAGAUGGUCCUGGUGCGGUUUCUGUGGCUGUCUGCUGGACUCGAUUCUCGAUGAUUUCAUGACCUUUGAUGCCGCCUCCAAUGGCGCCAACGACGAUGGUGACGACAAAAAUUACAAUACAAAUUGUCCACUACGGGAUUGAGCCUUGACCUUAGAUUGUGGACCCACCUUGAUGUUAUUCCACCACAUCUUUCUCCUGACUU